UUCCUUGGACCUCUUCAGUAGCCGGUACAAUGCGCACCUUCACGCCUGUCCUGCUAGUAGCCGCUGUCGCCGCCAUCGCCUCGGCGCAGUCCAGCUCGACGACAACAACGGCCUCGCUGGCGUCUGCGCCGGGGUCGGGAUCGGCGUCCAUGUCGGCAGAGCUCGCGGCCAUCCCCGAGUGCAACACGACACAGCUUAACGCGGGCGAAACAAUUCUGACGUCGAACCAGCGCGCCGAGCAAUGCGAGGAGGCGCUGGGCUUACAAUCGGGCACAAUGCUGCAAGUCACGACGGCCGAUGCCACCCAGAUUUGUGACACUACGUCCUGCAAGGCCGCGCUGCAAGAGCUGUACAACGAACUACCCAACUGUCGCUACAACCUCUGGGGUCUACAAUACUCGGCCCAGAAGCUGCUCGAGUACUGCGGUAUCACACCCUCCAGUACGACCGACUCAUACGCCAACAGCGGCUCUGUUGGCUGGAGCGUCAGCUCGGGCUCGGCCUCAUUCGCACCUGUGGGAGGAACGGACGCCCCCUCCACGGCCAGCAGCACAGCUUCGGACAGCUCCGCAUCGACUGCGGGAUCCAGUGCUGCGACUACAACGACCGCCGUCUCGACCGUAUUGGCGGCCACCGUAAGCGUCGUCGCUGCUUACUUGGCCUAAGUCCUCAAGACGCAUGACUGACGAGCAUUUCGUCUGCUCCUUCGUGCUCUCAUCAAGCAACAUUUUCGUGAUAGCAAUGAGCACUGUUGGAUUUUAAAACUAACACGAAUAACUUUUAUUGGGU